UUGACGCUGACAGAUACAUUCAAAAUGUCACAAGAGCAGGCAAAUUUUUUGUAAAGAACAUCAUAAUAUUUUUGAGAACUUGCUUUGUUACAAAUCAAAGGUCAAACAUUUUCGUGGAACAGGACCAAAUUUUUACAUCGGCAGAUCAAUCCUACAUCUAGCUUUGAAUUCGAUUACAAAAUGGGCAGCAACCAAUCAGUCCGGGCCACGCACUUCCAACGACCUCGAGAGCACCCACCGGCAUCUAAAGAAAGUUCAGAAGAAGAAAACAGAAUCAGCAUUUCAAAUAAAAUGGUGGAGAGGCUCGUUGAAGAUGCGACAUUAACACGCGGAACAAACUUAAAGUUGACAAAAGCGAAAGAGGAUUACAAAGACAUGAUAUACAUGGAGAAACUAAAAUGCUUGGACGACAAUCAUUCGGAAAGAUUUGGUAUAACAGUGGACAAUAUGAACGCUUUGGUAAACCGGGUGGAGGUUCGUACGGCGAACAUGGUGAGCGUCGAGCCGGUGUGUGCUGACAUAAAAAAAAAACUCAUAGACUGUUACGACAACGCCACCAACGAUGACGUCAUUAAAUGCUGGGAUACCAUUGGCGCGUUCUCUCAAUGCGUCCGAGACGCGGGUGUUCGACGUCUCUACGAGCGUUCUGAACGCGACGCUCGUGACAACGCUCGUCGAUCACGCCACGUCCAACACGCCAGACAUCACGCGCUUAAAGACAUCUCCCAAUGAAGUUUUCUAUUAUACAUUCACAUGAUUCAAACACAGAUUUUGUGUGUUCUAUGGUAUGUCCUCAGUUUUAAUUUAAAACUCAAAACUAUACUUCUAUCUAUCUACAAAUCAGCCUUAAACUUCACAGACAUCCGAGAUUGAUGUAAUAUAAAUAUUAAUGACACGUAUAGGAAAAAAAUAUCUUCAAUCAACGUUAAUCAAUUUUUAUUGUCCCUUCAAGAAUGCCGAAGCGGAUUUACCAACAGGUGUAAUAUUACUUACUGCAUAAAAACAUACGCUUAUUAUAA